UUUUCAGUCUCCCUGAUCUCAAAGUCAUAGGGAUUAUCGGCAGGAAUAUACUCAUACUUGUCCAGCAAGUCAAUGAUAUUUUUUGAUGGUUACAAUGUCAAGCUAAUAACACUACAUAUAUCGCUCGUCUCACUCAAUCCUCAACAGUCAAAAGAACAACGUACGCAAGAUAAACUGAACAAGACACAAGCUAGGCACACAGCUAAAGCUACCUGCCAAGUUGAGACCUUGAGCUGAUAGAAAACCAGCAAUGGCCGGAGCAGGAGAUGAGGCGGUGAAGCUGCUGGGCAUGUGGGCGAGCCCCUUCGUCCUGCGCGUCCAGCUCGCGCUCAGGCUCAAGGGCGUCAGCUACGAGUACGUCGAGGAGGACCUGAAGAACAAGAGCGAGCUGCUCCUCAAGUCCAACCCCGUGCACAACAGGGUGCCCGUGCUGAUCCACGGCGGCAAGCCCGUCUGCGAGUCGUCGGUCAUCCUGCAGUACAUCGACGAGGCUUUCGCCGGCGUCGGCCCCCCCCUCCUCCCCGCCGACCCCCACGACCGCGCCGUCGCCCGCUUCUGGGCCGCCUACAUCGAGGACACGCUCCUGAAAGCGUCGAGCCAGGCAUCGAGGGGAAAGACAGAGGAAGAGAAGGCGGAGGGGAAGAAGCAGGCGGCCGCGGCGGUGGUGACCCUGGAGGGAGCAUUGAGGGAGUGCUCCAAAGGGAAGGCCUUUUUCGGCGGCGACAGCCCCGGGUAUGUGGACAUCGUCCUCGGCGGGCUUCUCCCGUGGGCGCUCGCAGGGGACAGGCUGACAGGUGCGACGACCUUCGACCCCGCGACGACGCCGCUCCUGGCCGCCUGGGCGGACAGCUUUGGUGGUCUGGAGGCGGUCGAGGCGGUCAUGCCGGACGUUGGCAAGCUGGUCGAGUUUGCCAUGGCGAUGUAUGCCCGUGCCGCGGCUGAGGCAGCCGGCAAAACCGACUCGACAACAGCAAUGGCCGGAGGAGGAGGCGACCUGAAGAUGCUGGGCAUGUGGGCGAGCCCCGCGGCGCUGCGAGUGCGACUCGCGCUCAGCCUCAGGGGCGUGAGCUACGAGUACGAGGAGGAGGACCUCAAGAACAAGAGCGAUCUGCUCCUCAAGUCCAACCCCGUCCACAACAAGGUGCCCGUGCUGAUCCAUGGCGGCAAGCCAGUCUGCGAGUCGUUGGCCAUUCUAGAGUACAUCGACGAGGCCUUCGCUGGCGUUGGCUCCUCCCUUCUCCCCGCCGACCCCUAUGAGCGUGCCGUUGCUCGCUUCUGGGCCGCCUUCGUAGACGAGACGCUCGUCAAGGGAAUGUACCAGGCAUCGUGGGGCACGACAGAGGAGAAGGAAGACGGGAAGAAGAAGGUGACCGCCGCGUUGGAGACUCUGGAGGGAGCCCUGAGGGAGUGCUCCAAGGGGAAGCCGUUCUUCGGCGGGGACAGCGCAGGAUAUCUGGACGUCGCGCUCGGCUGCCUCCUCGCGUGGGUGCACGCCGUUGAUGCGAUCCAGGGUGUCAAGAUCUUGGACCCGUCAACCAUGCCGCUCCUGGCCGCGUGGGCGGACAGCUUCGGCGCGCUAGAUGAGGUCGAGGCAGUCAUGCCGGACUUGAACAGGCUAAUCGAAUUUGUCAUGGAGCAGUAAACUGGCGCCUCGAUUGCGGCCGCGGACACAACCAAUUGAAUGGACGUAUAGGAGUACGUCUAGAUCUCUUCUUUUAUGCAGCCCUCCUUGGUUCUGUGCCGAACAAGGAGAUAGUGUAUCUGCAAUGUUUAUCUUCGUGGACGUUAAUUCAUGUGGCUCCAUCAGAUAUGAGCUUUACUUCAA